GUCAUUUCCUGUUUUCUGUUCGUUGGCGUGUUUUUAUAGCCAUGCCUUUGAGGUCACCUGCACGGGCUUCCUGUUGCCCAGGAGGUAGGAAGGACAUGUUUGUGCUCACUUGAGGAAAGGAGGAGUCUACUGGUUGACUUCCAGUAGCUGCCUGGCCACCGCCUUCUUUCUGCUCCCCCCCUCCUCCCCCUCUUCAUCCUCCUCCUCAACCGCUACUGCAGCAGCAUCCCGGUGCCUUCUGGAUCCAUGAAGAAAGCCCCCCCGCCCCUGCACGGCACCACCUCCACGCCACGAUGGGCCGCAAGAUAUUCACUGCGUUGAUGUGUUGAUAUUGAGAUAUUUCAGUUAUCAAAUAUGAAUCAUGCAUUUGAUAUUUCUGGCCACUUUGCUCGUCAGCAUCCUUUCGCCCUGGCUUCAUCCAUCACUAGCCUCAUCCGUUUCCCAAGGAAUAGAGGAGGACAAGGUUGAGAGGGACGCAGUGCCAGCCCUGCCAAAGCAACAGGCAACUGCAGCACCUGCUACAGACAACAGCACUCACCAUGCAGUAGAGCAUGUGAUCACCUACCCCUCGCGGUUGAUCUACUACCUAAACGAGGACUCGGAGAGUACCUACCAUGACCUGGACACCCGGGCCAAGAACCAAGCCACAGAAGAGCAGGCAGUCCACCUCGCCCAAGCCAGUUUCCAAUUAGAGGCGUUUGGCUCCAGGUUUGUUCUGGAUCUAACAUUGAACAAUGACUUGCUAUCUUCAGAUUAUGUUGAGAUCCACUAUGAGGGGGGAAAGCCUGUUCUGUCAAAGGGUGGUGAGCACUGUUACUACCACGGCCAGGUGAGAGAGAACGAUAACUCCCGCGUGGCCUUAUCUACCUGCAACGGGCUGCACGGCAUGUUUGACGAUGGAGUCCAUAUGUAUCUAAUUGAGCCCUUAGAACAGACUCAUUCAAUCGAUACAGCUGCGAGGCCUCACAAAUUACGAAGAAUGGCCUCUCUCCACUGGAACAGUGAUUCAGAGGAACAGACUGAGGAGGAGCAGCUCUUCUCGGAGCUGGGUGAUUUGUCCUGGCUGAAGCGCAGGAAAAAGCGAGCAAUGCCUCGCGGUACAUUUGAAGAGAUGAAGUAUUUGGAGAUCAUGAUUGUCAGUGACCACAGUAUGUAUAAACGACACAAGACCAAGCAGCACACAAGGAAUUUUGCCAAGUCGGUGGUGAAUCUUGUGGAUGCUGUCUUCAAAGAGCAACUACAUACACGUGUGGUGCUCGUUGCUGUGGAGAUCUGGACAGACAAGGACCACAUCCCCAUCAGUGUGAGGCCGCUGGAAAUGCUGCGGGAUUUUGCCAAGUACCGGCAGCAGAGCAUCAAACACCAUGCCGACGCCGUGCACCUCAUCUCAAAUGUGACCUUCCACUACCGCAGAAGCAGCGCAGCGUACUUUGGAGGCAUAUGUUCUGUGAGCCGUGGAGUAGGGGUUAAUGAGUAUGGCAACAGCUUGGCCAUGGCGGGGUCUCUGUCACAGAGCCUGGCUCAGAACCUGGGCAUCCAGUGGGACCCAGCCUCCAAGAGAAAGGAAUGUGGCUGUGUUGAGACGUGGACUGGCUGCAUAAUGGAGGACACUGGGGUCCAACACCCCCGGAGAUUCUCCAAAUGCAGCAUCACGGACUACAAGGAUUUUCUUCUGAAAGGUGGCGGCUCGUGUCUGUUUAACAGGCCGACCAAGCUGUUCGAGCCAACAGAAUGUGGUAACGGAUUUGUAGAAGUGGGAGAGGAGUGCGACUGUGGAGCGAGAGCAGAGUGCUACAAGGAAUGCUGCAAGAAGUGCUCCCUCGCCAAUGGGGCACACUGCAGUGAUGGCCCAUGCUGCAAUAACACGUGUCUGUUUUAUCCACGAGGUUACAGUUGCCGCGAUGCCGUGCAUGACUGUGAUAUUGCAGAGACCUGCUCGGGGGACUCUGGACAGUGCCCUCCCAACCUUCAUAAACAAGAUGGUUACCUCUGCCAGGUAAACCAGGGCCGCUGCUACAAUGGAGAGUGCAAGAUGAGAGAGAACCAGUGUAAAUACAUCUGGGGGCCAAAGUCUGGAGGCUCUGAGAAGUUCUGCUAUGAGAAGCUCAACACGGAGGGCACAGAGAAGGGCAACUGUGGAAAGGAUGGAGACAGAUGGAUCCAGUGUAGCAAACAUGACGUGUUCUGUGGUUACCUUUUGUGUACAAACAUUGGCCGCAAUCCACGCAUUGGAAUGGUAAAAGGAGAUAUCACCCCAGCCUCCUUUAACCAUCAAGGCAGGCUGGUUGACUGCAGCGGGGGCCACGUCCUGUUGGAGGAUGAGACCGAUUUAGGCUACGUGGAGGAUGGGACUCCCUGUGGGCCGUCAAUGAUGUGCCUUGACCGCAAGUGUCUGCCCAUCCAGUCACUCAACAUGAGCACUUGCCCUAUUGGACCUAAUGGACAGGUGUGCUCAGCCCAUGGGGUGUGCAACAAUGAAGCCACAUGCACCUGUGACACCACCUGGGCAGGGACAGACUGUAGCAUGCCUGACCCACCUAAGCAGCCUGAGACCCCUCCAGACGAAGGACCCAAGGUGAGCGUGGCCACUAACAGGCUGAUAGGGGCAGUAGCAGGGACCAUUCUGGCCCUGGGGGUGAUUUUUGGAGGCACAGGGUGGGGAAUAGAAAAUGUGAAGAAACGGCGAUAUGACCCCAACGCCACAGCCAUUUAACCCAAGGAGAGAUGGCAAUCACAGACGGACUCCUCCGAGGCUUCCUUAGUUGGCUAUCUGACAGCUGGACUGCACUUAUUGCUGCUGAUUUUUGGCAUUAGAUUUACUUGAAAAAGACAUAGUGGACAUUUUAAUAAAUUCCAUUGUAGUUACAUUAGAAAUGCAGCCUUUUCAACUCCACCUCACCCAUUUAACAAACCAACACUUCUCCUCCCUGAUCUCUAGAGUGACGGAGCUCCUCUUCCAUCCUUUAGUGCCAGUGCACAGGCGUUCAGGCGGAAUCCACACCACUCUCUCACCUGGCAUGAUUAUCCGCACAAAGUGUGCUGCUUGCUGGCCCCCCUGGCAUGAAGAGCCCUUUCUGACGAGCUCUGCAUGGCUACGAAAGCUAUGAAUAUACCGCAAAAAACAUACUAAGAGGAAAAAAAAACUGAAUUAGGCUGUCUAAUGCAGGAGGUAGCCUGGUAAAAACCAAACACAGUGGAAAGCUGGUUAAAGCUCCUAUAGCUCAUGUUUAGGUGCUAUAGAUGAUAAAGAAUGCAACAUGUAAGGACCCAAAAGGGCAGUGCGCUGCACACACACAGCUGUACAUAAAUUCAGGUUUGGUAUUAACAGCAUAUUUUACAAAGACAUAAUUUGCUUUUGUUUUUUGUUUUUUUUUGUUUUUUUUUUUCCUGUUUUUUUUAAAUCUUAGCAUUGUGUAUAGCGGGUGUUUUUGGCAACGUUAUUGAAAAAAAAAAAAAAAGCAAUUGUGAUUUGGGCCAAAAUUGUAACCACACGCUGGACAGCCUCCUGAGAUUGUCCGGGCGGAUGUCAAAGGUUCACAGCAGCAGACCGAGCAGCUGUGGUGUUGAGAAGAAGCGCGUCAGUUCUAGAGGAAUUCAGACUGAGAUCAUGUCAGAUUAACGCCACAAAAUUACCCACCCCUGCCCCCUGAAGUAUCUCCAACAGUGACUCAAAAGCCAAAGAACCAAUCACCUGAACAUAUGGAUGUUGUUGCACACAGGGCACUUUCCCCUCUGUCUGCAGCCAGCGGUGCCUCUCCUACUGCUGAGGGCAUGAAGUCUGUCCGUGCAGGCGCUCACCUGUCCAAACAGGUCUCGCGUAACAGUCCUCAUCAACACCCACUAUACUGGCUUAACCUUCCGCUCUCAUGAACUCUUAGUAGAAAUGAAAGUUCAGCUCUACAGGAAACGCUGCAUGCAAUCACUAUAGUGGGCUUAUAACUCUAUAUGGGAGUCCCCCAAAUUCCGCAAGAAAAAUAUGCUACAAAAGAUAGGUGCAUGUCAACAACAAAAACAUUUAACUUUUAUUUACUAUGCAAAGAGAGAUAUUGCACAAAAGUAUGGGUAAUAAUGACAUCAGUGUAGACACUGAAUUACUAAAAGUUCUGCUGAUCUGCUAAUCUUUUGUAUUUGGCCACUCCCACGGCUCGUUUCACUUUGCUUCAACGUACGCAAACUAUGAAUGAACAAGUAAAAAAAAAAAAGAAAAAAAAA